AUGGCAGAAGAUGUUGAUGUUUAUAUCUUAGAUAGAUACGAACUGCAGAAAAGGCUUGGCAAGGGUGCUUAUGGAAUUGUGUGGAAGGCAGUUGAUAGAAAGAACAAAGAAAUAAUAGCGCUGAAAAAAAUUUUCGAUGCCUUUCGAAAUCAGACCGAUGCACAGCGAACUUUCCGGGAAAUUAUGUUUUUGCAAGAAUUCGGUCGUCAUCCCAACAUUAUUAAAUUAUAUGAUAUUAUAAAAGCAGAUAAUAACAGAGAUAUUUAUUUGGUAUUUGAAUAUAUGGAAGCAGAUUUACACAAUGUCAUCAAAAAAUUGACCAUAUUAAAGGAUAUUCAUAAGCAAUAUAUUAUGUGUCAAUUAUUUCGUGCUAUUCGGUAUUUACAUAGUGGUAAUGUUUUACAUCGGUAA